AUGUCGGCCAACACGAGCACCCGUGACAAGUUACUCGGCCUGCUCGACGACUUCGAACUAUUGAGCAGGGAACUGAUUGAAAAUUUGAGUGCUGCACGGCAACAAAAGAUAAAUGUUCAACAUCAGUUACUUCUUACUGAACAACUUGUAGCUACAGAUAAUGAAAUAAAGGCUACACUAAAAGUUGCUGAACACCAAGCAGAUGUGGAAAAAAAGGUUGAUGCAAUUAAAGCAGAAAUAGAAACGCAAGACCAACAUAUCACCCAAAUGCAAAAACAUUUCAAAGAAGCUGAAAACAUAUUGGCAACAGCAUUAUUUCAAGCAAAACAAAAAUUACAAUCUAUCAAUAAAGCGAGUAAACAUCCAGUUUCAUCAGAAGACCUCAUAAAAUAUGCCCAUAGAAUUAGCGCUUCAAACGCUGUGUGCGCACCACUUACGUGGCAACCUGGUGAUGCACGUCGACCUUAUCCAACUGAUAUUGAAAUGCGAAUGGGAUUUUUGGGUAGAUUAAGUGAUUUACCACUCAAUGGGCAUAUGAUGCAACCUCAAGGUCUGGCUGAUAUGGUGCGAUCAAAUAAUCAAAUAGAUCGUCAAACCUCCCAGCAGAAUCAAUUUGCUUGGCAUUCAACCGGUGAUAUGCACCUAGGAGUUGGAAGUGGCGUCAUAGAUACUAGAAACCAUUCUAAAGAUGUUGCUGAAGAUGUUGAGGUUAUGUCAACAGACAGUAGCAGUUCUUCCUCCAGUGAUUCUCAAUAAUUAUAUAAAUAAAAAUAAAUACAAAUUAAAAAGUGGUAAACCCAUCGAAUUGAGACUGAUCCAUUGACUGAAGUAUGGUUUUGUCAACAGGUGUCAGUCUCGGUUUCUCUUUUGUGAAAUGCUUGUCAAAAUAAUGUGUAUCCAGCGGAUGGUACUAAUAAAAACAGUAAAACAUACAACGAUUAAACUAUAGAAUAAUGUGU